AUGACAUCAGGGGAGCCAAAAUUAGUCUGCAAGCACUGUCACCAAGUUUUCAAUCAUCCAACAAUCAAAAACUCUGGUACAAGUGCUAUGCAACGACACCUCGCUGCAAAGUCUUGUAAGACUCGACGUUUAGGCGCAAACCAGGUGCCUGGUACCCAAUUGAAAGCAGUCUCGGAGCAUCAAGCAUUAGUUUACUGUAUUGUUGGAUCUAACUUAGCGCUUAAUACUGUUGACAACUUAAGUUUCCGGCAAUUCUGUUCACACCUGAAUCCUCUCUACCACCUCCCAUCUCGAAAGACGCUCCGAAGCUGGAUAUCCGAGGAGGCCUUACGCAUUCAACACCACACUCUUCAGCUAAUUCCGCCUGGUAGCUAUGUCUCUCUGAUGAUUGAUAUCUGGAGUACACCUGGGUUAAAAUAUUCACUGCUUGGUGUUUUAUGCCAUUUUAUCGACAAGCACUGGAGGUUACAACAGGUUCUUCUUGGUGCUAUUGAUAUGACAGAUGGUCAUACAGCCUCUAAGCAAGCAACGGCUUUAUCGACUCUGUUAGAAAAUAUUCGCCAGAGGACGAAGAAGACAAUUCGAUUUCAGACAGUCUCUGCAGACAACGCAAGUUCUUUUAAGCCAAAAGUCCUAGCACAAGAACUUGCAAAAGGGUCGACAUCCACAGUACAGCCGAUAUAUCAUAUUCGCUGUUUAGCCCAUAUUUUCAACCUUGUUGUUCGAGCGAUUUUUGAGGCUCUUCGAAUUUCGAUGGUAGAAGCCUCUACAGAGUUUGAGCCUUCUACUACUCGAGCUAAAGAUCAAGAGGACUCUGACGAUGAUUUUGAUACUGAAGAUUCUACUGCUGGGGAAAAUCCUUUUGGAGCUGUUAUUCAAAAGAUUCGUGACCUCGCAGUUUCCCUUAAGCUUUCUAGUAAGAAGACGCAAGAGUUUCUCGACCUCCAGAAAUCGACUCGCAUUGGCCAGCGACCACUACGCCUCCUCCGCGAUGUUAAGACAAGGUGGAACUCUACUACACUUAUGUGUCUCCGCGCAAGAGAGCUUAAAACAACGAUUUUAGCUUGGGUUGAAAAGCACUCUCUACAGGAACAAUUCUCUCUUGUGGAGACCGAUUGGGAGGCUCUUGAUAUUCUGCUUGAUAUCACCAGCCCGUUUUUACUCUUUACAAACAUCCUUAGCCGGUUAAAUGACCUUACCCCUGGUCAUACCUUUACUUUAUUACAAGUUGCAACAGUUCACUUAUACUUUUGCGCCUCUGCACUUAAAGAUAAAGUUACUAGCAAAGACUUUACUUGGAUAUCAAUCCUUCAGGCUGCUACGAAAAAGGGCCAAGAGAAGCUAGAAAAAUACGUUCAAAAGCUAAUUGAAGAGGAUUCCUUCAAGGUAUAUGGUAUUGCAACUCUCCUUACCCCUGAAGCUGGGACAUCAGUUUCGAGUACUUUUGACACGCGAUUCCAAUUCGCAAAUUACUUCGAAUACCUUCCUUCUUCAGCCUCACUUCGAACUCGAGUACAGCAAGAAUUUAUCGAGGUAUAUACAAAGCAGUACCAUCAAGAUUCGGAACGCCAUACCAAUACUCAAAAAGCUGCAACUGAAGGACUCCGAUACACUCUGCAUAGUUUACUAUCACGCAGUCCAAAGAAAAGGGUAUUUGUAGCAAUCUAUUGUAGCAACUCACUGUACUAA